AUGUAUAAACAGCAGAAACAAGGGAUUGCAUUGAAUUUCGUACUGGCUUGUAUUUCACUCCUGUCAAUUCGAAAUGUUUUGGUCAGUGGUUGUAAGCCGGGAGGCGGGGGCGGCGGGGGCGGUGGUGGCUGUUCAAGUGUAAACUGCGAAGUAAGUUCAUGGUCAUGGUGGAGUGGAUGUAGUCAUAGAUGUGGUACUACAGGAAUACAGACGCGAGCAAGAAGAAAAAUUCGCAGUGAGUCAUGCGGUGGUGCAUGUCCAUAUUCGUUGAGCGAGAGAAGAUCAUGUAAUAGAAAUAAAUGUAAAAACGGAGGAAGAGCAAUCCCUGGUCGUUGUUCUUGCAUUCCUGGUUUUAGAGGAACCUGCUGUGAGUAUGAUGUGAAUGAAUGUUUAAGGCGUCCAUGUGAACAUAUUUGCAAAAAUACUUACGGAAGUUUUUCUUGCUCCUGCUAUCACUGUUACACAAAACGUGGCCUAAAUUGUCGACUUCUGCAAUGCAAGAUUGGUGGAAAUUGCUUUGAAUACGGUGAUAUUAAUCAAUAUAAUCAAUGUCAGGAUUGUCAAAGGUUUCGCAAAACAGUGUGGACAAACAACAAUAAGUUGUCUUGCAGUGACAAUAAUUUGUGUACGAGGAAUGAUCAUUGCGUGAACGGGGUAUGUAAAGGAACGCCUUUCACGUGUCUACACUGUGAGAGUUGUGAUGGAAGUGGGUGUGUGAUCAAUCCAGGUUUCUGUGUUAUCGGAAGGAAAUGUUACAAGCAUGGUAAUUUAAGACCUGGAAAGCCUUGUCAGCAAUGUAACAGCAACAGGCCUAGAACUUGGACGGCAAAUAACAACCUUGGAUGCAGUGAUAAUAAUGUAAAGACAAGAAAUGAUCGUUGUAUAAAUGGGGAAUGUCGAGGGGAGCCUUUCACUUGUCUAGCAUGCCAAGACCAUCACAACGACGCAUGCCAAAUAAGAAACGGAUAUUGCAUUAUUAACACUAACAAUGUGGACACAUGUUAUACUGCAAAUACGAAUAAACCAAGAAAUGUGUGCCAGUGGUGCCUUCCAUCAUCAAGUACGACAACCUGGACGAUGAAGCAUGGCGCUCCAUGCGAUGACCGUGACAUUUGCACAAAGUCUGACAAAUGUAAAAAUGGUCAAUGUGAAGGGAUCCGUUUUUCAUGCAAUAAUGAUUGUCAAUCCUGCAAUGGCCGUGACUGCAGCUUACACAUCGGGUAUGGAUAUGUGGCAGGAAAAUGUACCUGUAAAAUAGCGGACAUAAACUAUCCACAUAAACAACUCAACCCAAAUAAUGAAUGUCAGUGGUGCGACAUCUAUGAUAAAUCCUCUAAAUCAAGUUCUGCAUGGUCCAAUCGACCAGCAACCAAGUGCAGUGACGGUAAUGACUGUACGAAGCAAGAUCUUUGUAAUAAUGGGUACUGUGUCGGUAUUCAAUACAGCUGUCAAUCGUCAUACCCGCAGUCCAGUUGUAUACAAAGUUCCGAAUGCAAUGGUGACGGGACAUGUAGAAACGUUAUGAGGAACAAUGGGACAAUUUGCCGCGCGGCUAUUGACUUCUGCGAUCAACCUGAAAGAUGCGAUGGCGUAUUAGGAACAUGUCCACCAAACGCUGUAACAGGAAUAAGAAUUCAAGAUGGUCAAGCGAGGAUAAUACUUCCCAAUUUUGCAACGCCAGUUUCAUUUCAAUCAAGUACAAACAAAUUGUAUUUUCAACUUAGUGGAUUCUCUGUCACCUGCGGUUCUCUCGCUAUUAAAUGGUCCAUAAUAAAGGCUGAUAGAAGCUGUUAUCUGGAAAAAGAAAAUGCAAUACUUUCGUCAAAUACGAAUACUCAUAUUCUUGGUGGCCUAAAUUUGCUGAAUGCAGAAAUCUAUAAAGUAGUUGUUCAGGCACAUAAUAUUCGUGAUGAAUUUGGGUUGCCUGUGUGCAGUAACCCAGUUACCAUAGAUACCAGCACUCCAACAAGUGGCUGGGUCCAUGACGGAUUAGGCUCUACUGACCUUCAGUUUCAAUCAAGUAUGACGUUCAGCGCAACAUGGGGAGGAUUUCAAUCACUCCACGGUAUUGCGAAGUACGAAGUUGCAAUGCAAUAUCAACUACAAUUAUCAAACAGCCAAAGUGAAGUACAAGCCUUUAUGAAUGUAAACUUGAACGUUUCUUUCAGUAAAACAAUCUCAGUAAUCCCAGACGGCAGCAAGCUUACAACAAAAGUUCGAGCAUACACAAAAGCAGGAUUGUACUCAGAAGUAAGCAGUAAUGGUGUAACAAUUGAUAAAUCAAAACCUUUUUCGCAAUCAGUGUGUGACGGCUCAAGCAUUUCACAAGAUCUGCAAUAUGCUGACUGGCGCUCCAGCUACAGCAUAAGUUGGGAACAGUUUACUGACCCUCAUACACCUAUAGUCAAUUACAAUGUUGGUGUCAAAAGAAAGCAUGGUGGCUUUCUGUCGUCAGGUUUAUCUUCAGUCGGUUUGAAACAAAAAUUUCUAGUUCCACAGCUAACCCUUGUCUCCGAAGAAGAAUAUUGCGCUAUUGUCGAAGGGGAAAACGCGGCUGGACUUAAAACUCAAGCUUCUUCAAAUUGUUUACUCAUUGACCAUGAUCCACCACGACCAGGGACAGUUAAUGAUGGCAUGUCUGAUGACAUUGACUAUCAAUCGGAUGACACAGUAUUUUACGGAAACUGGAAAGGAUUUGACGACGGUAUUCGGGGUAGUGGAAUCAUCGAAUACAGAUACAUACUAACUGAUCAAAAUGGCGGGAAUAUCACAUCAUGGACUACCACUGGCUUGCAAACAAAUGUUACAAUCCAAGCGAUAAAACUGGCGGAUGGCAAUACUUAUUAUAUAACUGUACGAGCCAUCGAUAGAGUGAGUCAUUACAAAGAUGCAAAAUCAGACGGAGUGUAUAUUGACACAUCUCAUCCCGUUUAUACUGGAAAAAUACACGUUAAAGGGGAAAUGGCCCAAAAGGAUGGAAUGUUGAUUGUAUAUAUUGUAAAUGAAGGCACGUUAUCUGCAUCUUGGCCUCAAUUUGUGGAUACACAUAGUGGUAUGGACAAAUAUCAGUGGAGUAUUUUCGAAAAUGACACACGACCGAGCAAAUGGAAUGAUGUGCCAGGAGUAAACCUGGCAACAAAAGCAAUCUUUAGAUCCUUGUCGCUAGCCAAUAACACAGCAUACCGCCUGAUCAUUCGCGGGAUAAACAACGCUGGUCUCCAUGCAGACAUCAUGUCUCCCGUAAUAAUCCCCAUCGCUGAAUCACAUAGUCUCGGAAUGGUCUUCGACGGCCGUGAUCCAUCAGUAGACAUCGAUUAUGUAACAAAUACUUCCGAACUUCAUGCAACAUGGCAAGGUUUUGAAACAGCUGAUGUAAAAGUUAGAGCAUACUUCUUUGCAGUGGGUAGUUGCACGAGAGGUAACUACCAUGUGACUAAUAACCAGUUCAUGCCAGUUAUACCACCAACAGCAACUUCGUUUGGAAUCCAUGGUCUGCAUCUCGUGAACGGUCAACGAUACUGUAUAAAGAUUAAAGCUGAAAAUUUAGCAGGAGUUGAAAGUAAUGUCGUUUCAUCAGACGGAUUUGUUGUAGACGUCUCCCCCCCUGAUUGGAGAAGUGCAAUGGUAUUGGACGGACUGGAAGAAGAUGAUAUAGAUCACCAAUCAAAUACGAUGGAGCUAUCCGCAACCUGGACUGGAAUUCAAGAUCACGAGUCAGGCAUCCAGCAUUUUGAGGUUGCUGUUAGUCGAAGCAGGGCUGGCCAGCCAGACAUUACGUCAUUCAUAGAUGUUAACUACAAUAUGUCUUCUACAAUAAGUGGACUUCGUCUUAACAACGAAGUGUAUUACUUCAUAUUGUGUGCAAUUAAUAACGCAGGAUUAAGGUCAUGCUUGGCUUCAGACGGUGUCCUCAUCGACCCGACUCCUCCAACGACGGGCAUCGUACAUGACGGAAUACUCGAACCAGAUAUUCGCUAUCAGUCAUCUAUCAAAGAAAUCAGCGCAAACUGGGAACGAGUUUGGGACUUGGAAAGCAGGAUAGAGAGAUUUGAAUGGGGGAUUAAUGAAGAAGGUAGAGGACUUGUGCAAGAUUUCGUUGAUGUUGGCCUUCAGACGCACGUUACAUCCAACAAGGUGCUAAAUCUAAAACACGGUCACAAUUAUACCGUUAUCUUACACGUUUACAACAGAGCCGGUGCGGUACAAGAAUUAUCUUCCAACGGCGUAAUUAUUGAUACGACACCACCUGUUUCAAGUGAUAUUAAACCAUUGCCAUCUCAUCUGGACUGGCGCUUUGUUGAAGAAACUGAAACCUAUUACUCAUCCACAGCGACGGACAUUUACGUUACAUGGGAGGAUUUCCAAGAACUGGAAAGCGAAAUGUGGUACUACAAGAUGGCGAUAGGAACGUCAAAAUAUGGCACACAACUUCAAUCAUUGACGAAUAUCGGUUCGGCCACAAAUGCCAAUACCUCUGGAAAUGGGUUGAAUAUUAGGCCAGGGAUUCAUUAUUUUGUCACUGUCGUUGGACGAAAUCGAGCUAAUCUCGUGUCUGGAAACUGUUCAUCGCCAUUCCUUUUUGAUUUCAGCCCUCCAGAAACUGGCCAAAUACAAAUAAAAUCAGACUCAGGACUCGUCAAGAAACAUUACAGAUUAGGCGAAAGUAUUCGCGUCAGUUGGUUGGGAUUCCAAGAUCCGGAAAGCAAAAUAGAAAAAUAUGAGAUCUCGGUAGUACAUAACAGCUCAGCCAUUUUGAAUUACACUCUCAAACCUAGUCAGACUGAAGAGGAAAUAUACAUUGAUACAAAUCUUUUGUAUCCGGGAAAAUCGUACAUCAUAGUCUUGAAAUCAAUGAACUACGCAAGUUUGGAGUCUCUUGUUCUCAGCACGCCAUUCACCAUUGACAAUACUGCACCAGAUUACACCGGAAAACGUGAUGAACUACCUAAACGCUACUUUCGUUCAAAUACACAUUCUUUUAAAAUUGCUUGGGAAGCCUUUGAAGACUACGAAAGUCCAGUAGAAUACUAUGAAAUUGGCAUCGGUAGACACAAUUCUGGUGACGAUAUACUCAAUUUUACCAGCACAGACUUAUGUACACAUUUCAAUGCUGAUGGGUUGUUCUUUAAGGAGAAUCAAGUGUAUUAUGUGACCGUGAAAGCUUUUAACAAAGCUGGUCUUUCAAGUUCACUUUUGUUAGAAGAAGUUAAUUUUGAUCAAAGUCCGCCAACUGGAGGCAUGGUUAGAGACGGUGUCUCGAAUGAGGACGUGGAUUUCAUAUUGAUGCAAGACACAAUUUCUGCUUCCUUGGAAGAUGUGAAAGAUGUCGAAAGUGGAAUACACGAAAUUGAAUAUUGUGUUGGGAGUACUCCUUUCAACUGCUUCAUAAAACCUUUCACUUCAAUCCUCAAAAAUAACUCUUUCACUUGUAGCGACUGCAAAGUUGAUGCUGGGAUGACAGCUUUCGCUGUGUUUCGUAUAACAAACGGAGUAAAUUUGUCCAAAAUAUUCGUCUCGGACGGUGUAACGGUCGAUUCGACACCCCCUGAAAUACAACUCGUAUACGAUGGUGAAGAAACAGAAUAUCCUGACGUGGAAAAGUCGUUUAGCAAUUGGAUUCCAACAGUCACAUGGAACGGAGCACGAGAUAUUCAUAGUGGUCUACGCAAUUGCAAAUGGGCCAUUUUAAAGAAAGAGGGAAACACUACUCUCAGUGUUUAUGUUAGGACUCUUCAUGAAGCUAACAUUACGUAUAACACAAAACACAUUGAAAAGGCCACUGUUCAACUUUCCACAAACUCUUCAUACGUGAACGUAAUCCAAUGCUGGAAUAAUGCAGGAUUAUCUAGUCAGCGGUAUUCCAACGGCUGGUCGGUGGUUGAACAAUGGCCUAUUCCGUCAUACGUCAUAGAUGGUACUGGGCCACAUGACAUGGAGUAUGAUAUCAAUAGAGAAACCCUUGGAGCGUCAUGGGGUGCAUUUCAUGCAGAUUCAAAGGAUCCUAUAAUAAAGUAUGAGUGGGCUGUUGGCACGCUGGGGGAAUAUGACAACAUUUUAGAAUUUACAGAUGUAGUGCUUAACACAAAAAUUUUGCUGUCGUUGUCAGAAAGCGAUGUCACAGUAAAGCCUGGUGUUAAGUAUUAUACAACAGUUCGCGGGACCACUUUAAGCGGAUGGAGCAGCAACAAAACUUCAAACGGAUUUAUCAUCGACAUCACUCCCCCAACAGUUGGUUCCGUAAGUGUGACUCAUCGCAUUUUAAACCAAAAGACCAAUGAUGUUGACUAUACAAUAUCGUGGCAGGGUUUUGCUGACUUGGAAUCAGGAAUUCAGAAUUAUGCCUAUUGUCUGGGUUACAUUGAAAACGUUUGCUCGACCUCCAUCUUAAAUGCGGGUUCAGCUUUUCAAGGAACUGUUCAUGGUUUUCUCCCGGAAGAUCUAGAAAAUUCAUUCUUCGGUAUUAUCAUUGUAACAAACAAAGCAGGUCUGAAAACUAUCGCUAGCUCAGGUAAUAUCAGAAUUGACUUCACACCUCCCGUUCCCGGAAAUGUGUUUGAUGGAAUAGAUCAUGAUUUAGACUACAUCAAUUCCAGCGUUGCCUUAGCAACUAGUUGGUCUGCGUUCACAGAGGCUGAAUCUGGCAUUAAGAAAUGUAUCCUAACUGUCAGUGAAGAGUAUCCUAAUAAGAACGAAUCCUUCACGGUAAAAUUGGAAAUGGAGGUUAACGCAAAUGGUUCUGUAGUCCAUCAUUUCCCGUUGAUUUCAGGUCUUCAGUAUGUUUCCCGCAUAACCUGUAAAAAUCAUGACGGAUUUGAAUCGUCAAAACAGUCAAAUGGUGUUACUGUUGACGACACACCUCCCACGGUGGGGAUAAUACUGGAUAAAAACGGCCAAAACUUUUCACAUCAAUAUCAGGCAUCCACAGGCGAGCUUCACGUGCGAUGGACUAAUGGUUAUGACCUUGAAAGUGGAAUUAUGGAGUAUUUGAUAGCUGUUGGAACUGGGUCAAGCGAGGACAACAUACACGAGUUCUUUUCAGUCGGAUUAGCGAGGGAGAUGAAUGUUAAAAAUCUUACUAUGAACUCUGGUUCAACUUACUACAUAACUUUGCAAGUUGUGAACAAAGCUGGAAUAAGUUCACGUGUUUCGUCGAAUGGUAUCACAAUUGACAACACACCACCGAAAUUUCAACAAAUCAAAAUUCAGCAUUCUGGAACAGGGUAUAUUAGUUCGAGCAAUAAUCUUAUCGGAAACUGGGAGACAUUUGAUGACGAAAGUGGCAUAGAUUUUGUAGAAUACUGUUUUGGUACAACCAGAGAAGUAUGCAAUGUACAAGACAUGCGUCGUGCAUUUGAGAAGAAGAUGAACGUCACCUGUCUUAAUUGCAAAUUGCACCACAGGCAUACAUACUACAUGACUGUUCGAAUUUGGAAUAAAGCAGGCUUAUUUAGUUUGGCGACAUCAGAAGGAGUUGUAGCAGAUUUAACGGCACCCGUUGGCGGCAAAGUGUCAUUGAACAAAACUUACAUGUCUUGUGUUGGUCAUUGCAGUCUGGCCGUGGAGUUCAGUGGAUUUGAAGAUGAAGAAAGUGGGAUUAUCGGUUGUGUAUUUAGCAUAAUAACCGAGGACCAAACAACGAUAAUAAUGCCUGUUCAGCCUACGACAAAUCAAAACAAAAUUGAAGUCAAUUACUUGACAUUGCAACAUGGCGAAAGUUACAAAGUUAUCGUUGCUUGUGAUAAUACAGUGGGGCAGCGAAGUUUGGACGUUUCUUCGCCACCAAUACGGAUUGAUAACACCCCACCAGGAAAGGGUUUUGUUAUCAUAAGUCCUGACCGAAAUCACGAUGUUAGACGUGGACAUGUUGGCUGUCACUUUAUUAAUACGACGUUACGAAUUUAUUGGUCUCGUUUCUAUGACGAAGAAUCGAACAUCGCCGGAUUUCGUGUCAGCAUUAGACGAAAACCACGUGGAAAUGACGUCAUUCCUUAUACAUACUUUGGCAUUACCUCAGAAGGCAGAUUUCAUCUUCACGAAAAUUAUGGCCUGUCUCUGGGACAAACAAUUUUUGCAACAGUGGAAGCAACAAAUAAAGCGGGCCUUUCAAUUGAGGCAACGUCUCCUCUCACUCGACUUAUUUCCCUUACAGACAGAAACCUUGUUAACGAGCAGGAUUUCUUAUGCGUUAAUUUUUGA